AUGAACAGAGUCGCGAACAACUUUGGCCAGCACGGUGCUCCGAAUCACAUGCUCAACCACCAAGGUGAUCAUUUCAAUGUAGCUAGCUUGCAGGGCAUGCUGGGCACAGACGCCUCCAACGUCGGCAAUAGCCGCAAUAGCCAGGCGCAGUUCAAUGUGCCUGGCUUUCAGGGCAAUGAGGUGGGCACACCUCCUGAUCCCCUCAACUUCAUGGGUGCCAGUGGGCUAUCCUUGAGCAAUGUGUUGAAGAGGAUGGGGCAAGCUCAGGGCCAACUAUCCCAGAGUCUAAGCUCUGCAUUUGCUCGUGCGCCUGCAAAACCACAAGAGGUGCCCACAGUGAGCCUGCAAGCUCUUCGACUCGCAGAUUCACUUGCCGUAAAGGCCGCAUUUGCUGCUUUGAAUCAUCACGGCUUUGCAUGGCUGGACUUUGGACGUCCAGAUCGGGCGGGGGACACCACCAUGGGCGGUGCGAACGAUUCUCUCUCGAACUCGAGUGAGUAUCUAGCCGAGAUCGGGGACUUCUUGGCCCUGAACGAGCAUGGCGGCAGCCCGCAUGCCAUGGAGGGACACUUCAGCGCGGCACACAAGGAUGGCCUACGUGUAGUCACUGGCUCAUGCAUCAACCAAAACUUGUCAUUGCCUGAGAAGAUCCAAGAGAAGUUGACUCGGCUGGCCUUGGAUUUGGAUGAAGCACAAAGAGAUGUCAUCAAAGCUCUGGUGCCCUCGUUCUACUUUAAUUCCCCCGCGGAUAUAGGUGAGUAUUUGGACAUCCCUUUGCUGUGCCCUGAGACCGCUGAGAGUGGCUUCCGGCAAUAUGGUCUGCUGGAUGUGGUGCGAUACCACGCCAAUGGCCCAGCAGAGGUGGUGGCUCCGCAUGUGGAUCCUGGGCUUUUCAUCUUGAGCUUGCCCUGUGGUGUUCCUGGGCUUCAACUGCAGGAUGCCUUUGGAGAAUGGCGCGCGCCACCAGCUGGACUCGGUGUCCUUUGGGCUGGUCAAGCUGCUGAACAGUUGCACUUGAAGAGUGGCAUGCACCGGGUGGUCUCAUCACCCACUGCGCGACUGAGUGCUUGGCAUGAAAUGUGCACACGUUCGCAGUUGUGUCCUCCAAUGUUGCAAGUCUUGGAGGAGCAUUCCUUGGAACUGAAGUUGGGAACAAUCCGGGGCACGCGGGAAGUCUUGCGCUUCCUUCAGGCCAGUGAGGAUCAUCUUAAUGUAAACAUGGUGGAACGCCGAGGGGUCUGUGCGGCCCACGCCCACUGCCAGCUGACGCCGACAGCUGGGCGUGGUCCAAAAUGGUCUCUCCACGUCGCUCGAAGACUCGAAGACCUGCGCGAAGACGGUCUCGUCACGCGUCGCGUCACGCGUCAUGCGUCAUACGUGCAGGGUCAAAGCUUCGUCAUCGACGACAACACCUACUCCCAUGAAUGGCUGUCUAGGACUGUCAUGCCGAGCAAACGCAGUGACAUGACUGCCACAACAGUGGGUGAUGGAAUCUACCUCAUUGGCGGAUGCGACAAUGAUCAGGAAUGGAGCACUGGUGCUGGAAUGUACCUGUGCACUGGCCUGACCAAGACCACGCACAAAUAUCUCCCUGCCACCGAUUCCUUCGAGAGCCUUCCAGAAGCGCCGCGCAGCCGCUACCGCCAUGCGGCUGCGGCGGUGGGCAGCCGCAUUUUCAUGUUUGGAGGGCGCGACAUCGCGGACAACAUUAUCCAAGAAAUUGAUGUCUUGGACACCGAGACAUCUUCAUGGUCAACACUGUCGAACCCAAUGCCCAAUGCAACCUCUGACUUGUCGGCGUUUGUGGACGGAAAUAGCAUCUAUCUGCUUGGAGGCUACAAUGCCAUCUAUGCAGCACAAGAUCAGGUCAUGAUCUUUGACACAGUGGAAAGCACUUGGAGCCCAUCAUAUCCACUGACUCAAGGGCGUGGCGAUGCUGCUUCGGCCAUUGCCUCAGGUGUGGCCUUUGCGCUGGGAGGUUUCAGUCAUGAGAACAACUUCGCUGCGCCAUUGGAUCAUGUGGAGGUCUUCUUUACUACGAACCCCUCUGGAGGCUGGAAGUCCCGCUCUGCCAUGAAGAAGGCUCGAGGUGAUAAAGCCGUGGCAGUGCUCAAUGACAUGCUUCACGUCAUUGGUGGAGAAGCGAAGAAUGAGAAUGGACACUCCGCCGCCUUGAUGGACGUGGAGGUCUAUGAUGCUCGGACGGACACUUGGUAUGUGGGUGGCAGUAUCCCAUCGCAGCGCUUUCGCUUCGUUGCGGCGGCGCAUGGAGACUCGAUCUACAUCUUUGGUGGGCAGGGCGCGUUGAUGGGAACCUACGGAGAAGCUGGCUCGAAAUAUCCCAUCUUGGAUGUGGUGGAGCAGUACAAAGAAUCAGCUCCAUGCUGGCACACGCACCCGUCCUUCCGGGACACAGAGUCGGCCUUGAGGAGUGGCGGGCUGGGCGACAACAUCUACGAGCAACUCCUUCGGCUUUCUCAGGUUCGUUUGUUAGGCUAUGUCGGGCGCGGAUCCAUUCCAAUCGCCACCGCACGAUGGGCUGACUUCCUGCAGGAAUUGAUUCAGCAACGGAACCACCUGCGUGUUUUUUGUGCCCCAGCGGCUGCGCUGCUAUUGCUGCUGGAUGCUGAGCUCAGUCUCACAUCCUUGGAAGCGACUCCUGGAGCAACGUGCCACGAUGUCACGUGGAACAACUUGGGCACUUCGCACAUCGAGGAAUACCCGAAGCUGAGAACAGCAGCUGACCUUGUGCUGAAAGAUGGUGUUCGAAAGUGGACACCUUGGCGGGAGGUCCUCGCCGCGGCGGAGCGCGCCGUGUCGGGCGCCUGGACGGUGGCCGAGCGUUGGCGCCGGCGCUGCGCUGAGCUUCAGGAUGACCUGUCGCCUGUGGCGUUGGCAUGUUGGCAUCCCUUUGAAGCUCCGAUCCCAGGUGAACGUCACGCUUGCCUUUCUGGACUAAGCCCCUUGGGAAGAGCUUCCCCGUCCUCCUUCUGGCAUUUCAUGCGUGGAUUCUUUGUCGAGGUGUUCCAUGCCCUUCGGUCUCAAUGGACGCUUCCAGAGCUUCGCUCUGUGAGGGUGUCCUUUGGUGACCUGACAUAUCCUUGCGACCAGCGAUUCAACUUCAUGGAUUUCUUCAAAUCCUUCCUGGAUUACCCGACCACAGUCGAUCCAGGCUGUGAGCUCUCAUGGCGUUGGAAGCUCCGGGUCUUGAGGCUCACCACUCCCCAGCAGCCAACCGCCUGCAGCCUGCGCCCCGUUUUGAGGGCCACACGGCCACAAAGACCAGGCAUCAUCCGCAGAAAGGCCUUGCUUCAGCUGCGGCGAGCAGAUGGCACCAGGCGCCCUUUGAAUGAAGCGAUGGUGAGGACAGCAGCGCAACAGGUCUGUGUCGAAAGCCAGCUGUCAUGUCACUUAGAUGUGGCCCUGGAGCAGUUGACCUGGGCUGAUCAAUUGCAGUUGCUCUUGCGCAGCCAUGCGCUGGUGGCAUAUCAUGGGAGUGGCGUUGGUGCAGCCCUUUUUUGGCUGCCAUUUGGUGCAGUGGUCUUGGAGUUUAUGCCAUUUGGUUGUUGGUGGUGCGCCUUUGCCGUGGAUGCAGCACAGCCGAACUGCAGCGGAGGUUCUGCUGUCUCCGCGGUGACGUGGCUGAUGUCUACGACGUCGGAGGCGCCCAGGGCAAAGAUCCCUGGAGCUUCACAUCCGCUCAUGGGAUGCCAACAUGAAGACACCCGGCCCGGCAGAAGCGCGUUUGAGCUCUUUGGCCAGCGGCGGGACAGGUCGCGUCGGAUCUCGUUGCGCGGCUUCCGCGUGCUGCGACAGACGCUGCGUCGAGGUGCGCGUGCAGCAUUGUCCAUGAGAGACGUAUAUCCAGCUUGUGGUGGUGCCGCGCUGCAAGUCUAUGAGACAAAAAUUGAACUAGCCGCCUAG